GCAGAAUGUUACUACAGGAUUUAUCCGGCCUUUGCAUGCUAUGCUCGGUCUUUUCGGCAUUGUGGAUAUGCGUCUUCCAAUGGUACGAUCGUGGGACCGUGAAACCGGAGAUGGUGACAUGGGCAGAUGUUCUAAAACUAACUGCCAUAUUGUUGGGUUCUAUGUUGGCAUGGCAGGUGGAGUUCGUAGUCAUGUUGUGUUUCUGGGGGAAUUUGCAGUGGAAAGAUCCGAUAGCGACAUUUUGGUGGUUGAUCACCUUGGGUCCGGCGUUUCGUGAUGAGGGCGACCCGGAGAAUGAUCUGCACUUGUUUACAUAUUCCUCGCUGCUCCACGAGGAUCCUGAUUUGUUGUUCUUGCAACUUGACGAGAAAGUUUUUACAUCUGAAGUCUGAAUGCUCACGGCAUUGGGCUAUCUCUUCUAGACCUGGCUCUUCCA